GGGGAGGGCUUUGAGCGCUGCUCCGCUUAAUCUAUAAAUACCACCUCCUCAGCCCUCGGGCCAACAUAGAGAAGUGACUAACAAGGAGGAGGCAUUGAAUUUCCCUGAACAACGAAAGUAAUCCGAGACUUGCAGGUGAGAAAUGGCUCGUACAAAGCAGACCGCUCGUAAAUCCACAGGAGGAAAGGCUCCUAGGAAGCAGCUGGCCACUAAAGCAGCCAGGAAAAGCGCGCCAUCUACUGGUGGAGUGAAGAAACCCCACAGAUACAGGCCCGGUACUGUUGCUCUGCGUGAGAUCCGUCGGUACCAGAAGUCCACUGAGCUGCUCAUCAGGAAGCUGCCUUUCCAGCGUCUGGUCAGGGAAAUCGCUCAAGACUUCAAGACGGAUCUUCGUUUCCAGAGUGCAGCCAUUGGUGCUCUCCAGGAAGCCAGCGAGGCCUACUUGGUCGGCCUGUUUGAGGACACCAACCUGUGUGCCAUUCACGCAAAGAGGGUCACCAUCAUGCCCAAGGACAUUCAGCUGGCCAGGCGAAUUAGAGGGGAGAGAGCAUAAAUGCUUUUGGAUUUUUAUCUUUUUAUUGGGUUGGGGGUGGGUGGGGGACUGACUGGGGUUUCUUUUGUAAAUCUUGAACUAUUUACCAGCAUGUGUGCCACCUUAAGUGAUUUGUAGUUUGAGGCAUGUUUUUUGUAUUUCCAUUUCACACACUCUUCCUUCAGCUGUCCUGUUUGCUGUAGAGUAGUGCUUGAUAUCUGUAACUCCUAAAGCAGAAUAUCUCACUUCCUUCCUCAGGUCUGCAAAUGUAUUUUAGGGUCUAUCUUUUUAAUCCUGUGUGUGCAUGUCAUAGGAUUUCUCAUUGUGCUGUAAAUAAACUUUCUGCUACCUCACCCUGACUCAAGUUUACUGCAGACAACCUUGGGUACAAGUACAAAUUUAAGAGACCCAUUGGCUCAAUGCCAGGGCUUCUUUGCACUAUAACUUUGAUCUAACAAGUUGGAUGUUCAUCAAGUGAUCAUGUGCACUCUGAAACAGUGAUUCAGAACAGACUGGCAAAUGCCUUGUUCAAGUUUAUUGACAUUGUAAGCCAUGACUGGCUAAAAGGAGUAUUUCCCAAUUAAUGUUAGCUCUUAAACUUAAGACGUACAGCAUCAUGUAAAAACCUGCAUCACAAGUAAAUAAAGCCAAAUGUGAACAGUAUUUUGAAACUGGAUACAGUGUGCAAAUGUGAAAUAGAAAAGCCUGCAACAGCUGUAGAGUAAACCAGACCCUGAUGAAAAAAGUUAAACUAGACUCCAGGAUGAAUGAGUUUAACUGAGGCCUCUUAGUCCAGGUUUGAACUAAUAACCUGUAGUUAUUGGAAUAUUUGACAUUCAUGUAUCAAUGGACAGCCUUAUUUCCACACAAAGCAUUGACUUUGUGUUCCAGGUCCACACAGUACAAUUCACAAUAAAUACAACCUGAUACAACAUGUCCACAUAUUCCAA